UUUGUUGUUGUGUUGAUUUCCAAACAUUGGAUAAAUUGGAAAUUUUGGAUUUUUUGUUUUUUGGCAAAAAUGAGUCGUCGUCGUCUUCAGGAUAAUACAUUAUCGUUAUUUCAUUUUAUAAGACGACAACGAACAUUAUCAUUAUAUCGACAAUUUUUUCGUCUUAUACAAAAAAUUGAUAAUAAACAACAACGUAUGGAGAUACGUAAUUGGAUACGUGAAGAAUUUUAUAAUAUGAAACAUAUCACAGAUAAAGAAUUAAUUGAUAUGAAUCUUACAAGAGGUAAUAAUGCAUUAAAAGAAUUGGAAAAUUUUCUUCGUCAAUCACAUGCAUUUAAAGAUUAAAUUUGAUUGUAAAUAUCAAUAAUGUUCGAUCAAUAAUGAUGAUUAAAAAUUUUAAAAAUGGACAGAAAAAUAUACAUAAAAAUAAUAAUAGCUGACCACAAAUGUA